CAGCAGCACAGCCGGGCCGGGAGCCCGGAGAGGCCUGGGGGCAGGAGGUUUGGGGCCAGGCUGGACGCCGAGACCCGGGCCCGCUUUACACAAUCGCCCAGCCCCGCGAAGCGAAAUGGGUGGAACGCGGACUGCCGAAGCUCACUGACUCCUUUGAAGGAGCGAGUUCUUUCAGCUACGCGGUGUUAGAGCGGUAGGAGUGCCCGCUGCCCGACCCCAGGCUUUCUGAUGAGGAAACUGAGGCCCAUGGAUGCUAAUCACGAGUGGUAGCAGAGUGGAGACUGCAACCUAAGGAUUUUGACUACCAGCCACUUUCAGUUCUCUUUCAAUGUAGUAAAACUUGAACAUGGAACACCAAUGCAUGCAACCGACACAGGUGACAUUGCAUAUUCAUACAAUCACAAAGAGUGCGUAGGCCAGCCCUGGUCACAGAGUGCUCCGUAUCCUGUCACUUCUGCGUGUGAGGGAGAAGUGAGUCAUCUCAUUCCCCUCCGUGGAUCCAAGGACUUGGGCUAGAUAGAAGCAUGUGGUGUCUCCUGCGAGGCCUGGGCCGGCCUGGAGCCCUGGCACGGGGAGCCCUGGGGCAGCAGCAACCCCUGGGUGCCCGGGCCCUGGCCAGCGCGGGCUCCGAGAGCCGGGACGAGUACAGCUACGUGGUGGUGGGCGCGGGCUCGGCGGGCUGCGUGCUGGCCGGGAGGCUCACAGAGGACCCUGCUGAGCACGUGCUGCUGCUGGAGGCGGGGCCCAAGGACGUCCGCGCGGGGAGCAAGCGGCUCUUGUGGAGGAUCCACAUGCCCGCGGCCCUGGUGGCCAACCUGUGCGACAACAGGUACAACUGGUGCUACCACACAGAGGCGCAGCAGGGCCUGGACGGCCGCGUGCUGUACUGGCCACGCGGCCGCGUCUGGGGCGGCUCCUCAUCCCUCAACGCCAUGGUCUACGUUCGUGGGCACGCCGAGGACUACGAGCGCUGGCAGCGCCAGGGCGCCGGUGGCUGGGACUAUGCGCACUGCCUGCCCUACUUCCGCAAGGCGCAGGGCCACGAGCUGGGCGCCAGCCGGUACCGGGGCGCCGAUGGCCCGCUGCGGGUGUCCCGGGGCAAGACCAACCACCCGUUGCACUGCGCAUUCCUGGAGGCCGCACAGCAGGCCGGCUACCCGCUCACCGAGGACAUGAAUGGCUUCCAGCAGGAGGGCUUCGGCUGGAUGGACAUGACCAUCCAUGAAGGCAAACGGUGGAGUGCAGCCUGUGCCUACCUGCACCCAGCACUGAGCCGUACCAACCUCAAGGCCGAGGCCCAGACACUUGUGAGCAGGGUGCUGUUUGAGGGCACCCGUGCAGUGGGUGUGGAAUAUGUCAAGAAUGGCCAGAGCCACAGGGCUUACGCCAGCAAGGAGGUGAUUCUGAGUGGAGGUGCCAUCAACUCUCCACAGCUGCUCAUGCUCUCUGGCAUCGGGAAUGCUGAUGACCUCAAGAAACUGGGCAUUCCUGUGGUGUGCCACCUACCUGGGGUUGGCCAGAACCUGCAAGACCACCUGGAGAUCUACAUUCAGCAGGCAUGCACCCGCCCUAUCACCCUCCAUUCAGCACAGAAGCCCCUGCAGAAAGUCUGCAUUGGUCUGGAGUGGCUCUGGAAAUUCACAGGGAAGGGAACCACUGCCCAUCUGGAAACAGGUGGGUUCAUCCGCAGCCAGCCUGGGGUCCCCCACCCGGACAUCCAGUUCCAUUUCCUGCCAUCCCAAGUGAUUGACCAUGGGCGGGUCCCCACUCAGCAGGAGGCUUACCAGGUACAUGUGGGGCCCAUGCGGGGCACAAGUGUGGGCUGGCUCAAACUGAGAAGUGCCAAUCCCCAGGACCACCCUGUGAUCCAGCCCAACUACUUGUCAACAGAAACUGAUAUUGAGGAUUUCCGUCUGUGUGUGAAGCUCACCAGAGAAAUUUUUGCACAGGAAGCCCUGGCUCCAUUCCGAGGGAAAGAGCUCCAGCCAGGAAGCCACGUUCAGUCAGAUAAAGAGAUAGAUGCCUUUGUGCGGGCAAAAGCCGACAGCGCCUACCACCCCUCGUGCACCUGUAAGAUGGGCCAGCCCUCCGAUCCCACUGCCGUGGUGGAUCCGCAGACAAGGGUCCUCGGGGUGGAAAACCUCAGGGUUGUCGAUGCCUCCAUCAUGCCUAGCGUGGUCAGCGGCAACCUGAAUGCCCCCACAAUCAUGAUUGCAGAGAAGGCAGCUGACAUUAUCAAGGGGCGGCCUGUACUCUGGGACAAAGAUGUCCCUGUUUACAAGCCCAGGACGCUGGCCACCCAGCGCUAAGACAGUUGCUGCUGGAGGAUGACCAGGAAAGCCCCCUGGUAAGCCAAGAGGGCCAGCACAGCCCUUGCUGCGAGGCGCCUUCCUGAAACUAUCUAGCACACUGGGACCCAGGUGUUACCCUAUGCAGUGGCUGAGAAUUGGAUAAAUUCUUGGGAAAUGAGACAAGUACUGGGCAGUGAAUCGAGCUUCUCUUCCCCAGCCUUUCCCUGUGGGCCAUUUGGGGAAGGCCAGCAUUCAGGCUGAGAUGCUUCUCCCUGCCUCCUGGAGGGACAGAAGGGGAGGAUGGUUAACUUCUGCCGCAUCCUUUGUCUUGUGUUCACAUGGCAUUCUCUAACCCAGGGCAGUGGUUCCUUCCCAGGCCAUGCACAGAGGCUGGGUGCCUGCCAGACCCGCGGAGGGUUCGCCAAGGAAGGGGCAUCUUCCUUCUCGAGUUGCAAGCUUUAGCUGAGGCAGUGAGUCACACAGUAGCUAGUUCAGCCUCGGCUGGCACAUAAGUCUCCAGUGUCCCUGUUCAGAGGGGAAAGCUGCCUGUUGGUAGAAAAACCGGCUUUUCCAUUCUCGCUUCCUAAUUUCACUCUCAGAGUAAGGCAGGUAAUGGGGGCUUGGCUGGGUCUCUCUCAGAGGGUUGUGGCUCUGGUUAUUAUUAAACUGGGGCCAGGUGCAGUGGCUCCCACCUGUAAUCCCAGCACUUUGGGAAGAUCACUUGAGCUCAGGAGUUCAAGACCAGCCUGGGCAACAUAGUGAGACCUUAUCUCUGGAAAACAGUUAGCUCGGCAUAGUGGUGUAUACCUGUAAUCCCAGCUACUCAGGAGGCUGAGGUGGGAGGAUGACUUGAGUCCAGGAGGUUCAGGCUCCUGUGAACCCUGAUUGCACCACUGCACUCCAGCCUGGGUGACAGGAAUACCACUUGACUUCACUACCAAAGGUUUUAUGACUUAGCAGUUUAAGAGGUUUUCCUUUUACCAAGAAAUGCAGAAACCCAGAGCAAACCCCACAUACCAGAUCACUGUUUCCUACUGAAGCAGCUAGCCCGAGAAAGGACUCUCAUAAUGGGCUUUGGAAAUGACUUGGCAGCCUGAACCAUCCCAGCAGAGGACAAGGAUGGUUAAUUCUUAUUCUCUAGACGUCCACAGGAACAGACUAGGAUGGAAAACGCAGUUAAGCACAGCCACGCACCCUGUUCCUGUAGAAAUGCCCCUGUGUGAAAGAAAAAUAAAUUCAAGAUUGGAGUUUUGGAGGAAAAAAAAUACAAGUAGCAUUUACAACAGUUCUUUGCUCUUUAAAUUUCUUACCAUUCAAUAAAAUGAUCCAGUCACUUACAUUUGAACUGAGAUGCCUUCUCCAGACUGUUCUGACAAGGUAAUGAAAAUAAAAUGCACUUGGAUUUUUCCCAGACAUCCACAUCCACCGUCAAGGGCUGGGAAGAAAAGCGUUGUUACGUGGAAACCUGCAUCUGCACUAGGCUCAGAAUAAGGAUGGGAGAAAAUUGGGGGAUUCCAGGCUUUGCUGGGAUCUGAGAGGAUUGAGGUGGCAUGCAGACUGUAGGGGGUCCGACGGCCACAACUUAGUUGUGAGAAAACCUAGAAAGGCAGAAGGAAGACGCCCAUCACACCUCUCCUUUUAACAAUCUUAAGCAGCUCUUGUUUAAUCUUACCUGUAUUUUUUUUAAAAUUUUUGUUCCAAGAAAGGGUCAAGAAAGAAAAUUCUAAACUGGCCAAGAGACUUAUUUCUCCUACGGAGGGUCCCCACCUGCCCCACAGCAGCAGUCCAUGGCCAUCAGUCACCUGGGUCUCGGGGCUGCCUGCAGGAGUUCAGGUGCCAGCCUCACGGCUGGGAGGGCCUCAUGCAGCUCUCCUGCUGGAGCAUGUGUGGAUUCAGGGGCAGGGGAUGGUCCUGGGCCAACCAUGACUCUGCUGACCCUUCCUCUCUGGAACAGGCAUGGAUAUGGCAGGGUGACAGUCACUUAGUUCUACCAUCUCUGUGUCCCAUGGGUGUGUCAGCCUCUGAGACCAUGGUGGGUUCAGUCUGGUGGCUGUAUUUUAAAAUAAGCAAAACAUCAUGUGGUAAGAGGAGCCCAUUGGGGGUGCUGCUUGAUUGCACCCAGGCCCUUCUCUCACUCUCAAAUACUUAGUCAUGUUCUACACAGUCGCACAAUUUGGCCAUAACAGGAAUGAGACUCAAAAGAAAAGAUGGUAAGUGUCAUAUGUCCAGAACCUGAGAGUUCCCCUGCCAUGAAGGGAGCCUUUCACCCCAGGAGGAGGGGCUGUCAGCUGAGGAAGCCAGCAUGGGGGAGAAAGGCACUUGCUACACAGUGGGGUGCACAGAGGGUACCCCCCCCUUCAGUCUCAUAGGGAAUCGGG